UUUCCCGUGAGCCCUCGGGGAGUGGUCCGACCGCGGGCGGCCGCCGGUGAGGAUAGGGGCGGGGGGCGGGGGUAGACAUGGCUCCGCGCGGCUGGCGGCGGGCACCCCUCCGCCGCGGUGUCGCCAGCGGUCCCCGAGUCCGCAGGCUCAUGCGGCCCCUCUGGUUGCUCCUCGCAGUGGGCGUCUUUGACUGGGCAGGGGCUUCGGACGGCGGCGGCGGAGCGGCGAGAGCCAUGGACGAGGAGAUCGUGUCCGAGAAGCAAGCCGAGGAAAGCCACCGGCAGGACAGCGCCAACCUGCUCAUCUUCAUCCUGCUGCUCACCCUCACUAUUCUCACGAUCUGGCUCUUCAAGCACCGACGGGCCCGCUUCCUGCACGAAACCGGCCUGGCUAUGAUUUAUGGUCUUUUGGUGGGCCUUGUGCUUCGGUAUGGCAUUCACGUUCCAAGUGAUGUAAAUAAUGUUACGCUGAGCUGUGAAGUGCAGUCAAGUCCAACUACCUUACUGGUAAAUGUUAGCGGAAAAUUUUAUGAGUAUACGCUGAAAGGAGAGAUUAGUUCACAUGAACUCAAUAAUGUUCAAGAUAAUGAAAUGCUUAGAAAGGUUACUUUUGAUCCAGAAGUAUUUUUCAACAUAUUACUUCCUCCUAUCAUAUUUUACGCAGGUUAUAGCCUAAAAAGGAGACAUUUCUUUCGAAAUCUCGGGUCUAUCCUAGCAUACGCUUUUCUUGGAACAGCAAUUUCUUGUUUCGUUAUUGGGUCAAUAAUGUAUGGCUGUGUAACACUGAUGAAGGUAACUGGACAACUGGCAGGAGAUUUUUACUUUACAGAUUGCCUUCUGUUUGGUGCCAUUGUAUCAGCAACUGAUCCAGUGACUGUUCUUGCUAUAUUCCACGAGCUUCAAGUUGAUGUUGAACUCUAUGCACUUCUUUUUGGUGAAAGUGUCCUCAAUGAUGCUGUUGCCAUAGUGCUGUCCUCCUCAAUAGUGGCAUACCAGCCAGCUGGAGACAACAGUCACACCUUUGAUGUCACAGCAAUGUUCAAGUCUAUUGGGAUCUUCCUUGGGAUCUUCAGUGGAUCUUUUGCAAUGGGUGCUGCUACUGGAGUGGUGACAGCUUUAGUGACAAAGUUCACCAAAUUACGGGAGUUCCAGUUGUUGGAGACAGGCCUGUUCUUCUUGAUGUCCUGGAGUACCUUCCUCUUGGCUGAAGCAUGGGGCUUCACAGGUGUGGUUGCAGUAUUGUUUUGUGGAAUCACACAAGCACAUUAUACAUAUAAUAAUUUGUCCACAGAGUCUCAGCACAGAACUAAACAGUUGUUUGAGCUUCUCAAUUUCUUGGCAGAGAAUUUCAUCUUCUCCUACAUGGGGCUGACACUGUUCACCUUCCAGAACCAUGUCUUUAACCCAACAUUUGUAGUGGGAGCAUUUGUUGCUAUUUUCUUGGGAAGAGCUGCCAAUAUUUACCCCUUGUCCCUCUUACUUAAUUUGGGUAGAAGAAGUAAGAUUGGAUCAAAUUUUCAACAUAUGAUGAUGUUUGCUGGCCUUCGCGGUGCAAUGGCAUUUGCCUUGGCCAUUCGGGAUACUGCCACUUACGCACGGCAAAUGAUGUUCAGCACCACGCUUCUGAUUGUGUUUUUUACUGUGUGGGUAUUUGGCGGCGGCACCACUGCAAUGCUCUCAUGCUUGCAUAUCAGGUACUGUGCUAGACUCUGGGGAUACAGAGAUGAAUUGAGACAUGGCCUUUACCCUCAAGGAGCUCACAGUCUUUUUGGGGAGACUGACAGGGUUGGUGUUGAUUCAGACCAAGAACACUUGGGCGUUCCUGAAAAUGAAAGGAGAACUACCAAAGCAGAGAGUGCUUGGCUUUUCCGGAUGUGGUACAACUUUGAUCAUAACUAUCUGAAGCCUCUGCUGACUCACAGUGGGCCUCCGCUGACGACGACACUCCCCGCCUGCUGUGGACCCAUCGCCAGGUGCCUCACCAGCCCCCAGGCUUACGAAAACCAGGAACAGUUGAAAGAUGAUGAUUCUGAUCUUAUUCUCAAUGAUGGCGAUAUCAGUUUGACGUAUGGAGAUUCUACUGUGAACACUGAAUCGGCCACAUCCAGCGCCCCAAGGAGAUUUAUGGGAAACAGUUCAGAAGAUGCCUUGGAUCGGGAGCUUGCAUUUGGAGACCAUGAACUGGUUAUUCGAGGAACACGCCUGGUUCUUCCAAUGGAUGAUUCCGAACCCCCACUAAAUUUGUUAGAUAAUACGAGACACGGUCCAGCCUAAGCUUACUAAUACUCACUUAGUGAUUUGUAAAAUUUGCACAUGUGAUUGUGAAGAAAUUUGUACUACCUAAAAGUCCCAGUGCAUGUCUCUGAAUGUGUAAGCUAUAUAAAUGCUAUUUAUAUGGCGUAGAAAGAAUAUAAAUAUCCUGUACAUGGCAGAUUGUGAACAAACUAUUCCUUUUAAGUUUUUCUGGCUGCACUCUGUAGACUGGAUCUGUUUUAGAAAGUUAUUUUCACAGUGAUGUUGUAUGUUCUGUUAGUUUUAUGUCUCAGUUAAAGUAUAAAAAGUGACGGAUUUUCUCUUUCUUACACUUACCUGACACUUAACCGGAGUACCAAGUUCUUGUGAUGUGAAUUAAUUUUUGUGUGUGUGCUAGGGGAGGGAGAGUGAGGAGGGAGUGUCAUUUCCUUGGGAGCCCAGGGAGGAGAGGUUCCUUUGUUGGGAAACUUGUUGAUAGCUGCUGCCUUUGUCCUGACUGUUUUCUUUCCCUUUUUUCUGAUGGCCUGUUGUGGUGCAAGGAGCUGAUGGCGUUUUGAUCUUGCCCCAUUCAGGUGGGGGAGUGAAGUGUGGGGACAUUUUCCCCCGCUUGCUGUGAAAGCACAGAUUCAUUGACUGCAGUACACUGUUGUUCAGUAAAGAAGGCUGCAAAUGACUUCUGAGACCCUACGUCUUUUCUUCCAGACCCAGACCAUAGAAGGAGUCGCAUCCAGCCGGCUUAGCCAAAGUACAGGUGUAUAUAGUUCAGGGCACUUGACUUCGAUUUGGAGAGGUUGGGGUGGGCAGAGGGCAAGAGGGGAGUAAAGAGAAUGGUGGUUUUAGAAAUCUCUCUUCCCAAAUGUGUAAAUAUUCUAUACCAGAUAAGUUUAAAUGAGAAAUUUAAUUGCUGCUUAAUUUUUGAUUAUGUACUUUAUCUGUAUAGCAAGCUUUGUUGUCAGAAGUUUUUAUAUCGAUUUAAAUUGCUGCUCUUUAGCAGCCUAACAGGAGCAAAAUGUAAAAUUUUUGAACUUGCUGUGUCUAAGUAUCAUGUUAGUCUGUAGUUAAUGUCAACAGUUAAUUUAUGAGCCCAUGAUCGUUCCACACUACACCGAAGUCAGUCAUAAGAGAAGUCGCAUGUUCUGAAGUGUCGAUUGCAGCAAGGUGGCUCCUUUGUGUGUGGCAGGUGUAGUAGUCUUCAUUUUCAUGGUACUUUUUAAUAUUAAUGACCUAAGCUGCCAUGCUUUUUUUUUUUUAACAGUUUUCAAGGAAGAGCACAGAACCAUUUCUUAUUUCAUAUUUGGAGUAUGAAAGCAGAUUCUAUUUUGUAAUGCUUACAAUACUUAAAGGUGCAUUGAACGCUUGGAACGAGAAUACUUUUUUGAUUUUUGAUUUUGACCUGUUCAUGAUUCAGAAGAAAAAUAGAAACUUUUUGGGAUUUUUUUUUCCCCCUCAGGUCUGAGUAGCAUUGCCUUAAAUCUUACUCAAUUAGAAAACUGGUUUAUUUACAUGAUGUUCAGAUUUUCUGAUGGAAAAUACCCUUCCAAACAAAACGUGUACUUACUCUCCAGAAUGUAUCUGUGCUAUCGCAAAUAAUCCUUGAGAUUUUAAGGGAAUUCUAAUGUUGUACCCUUCCGUGGCAGCUUCGACUGUUGGCAUAGCCAUUUGUUAUGUAGUGGUAGUGACUUUCCUGCUAUGCAGGAAUCCCUCCCAUGAAGCGUGUGUUUUAUAUAAUGUGUGCCUCUUCACGCAGUAAAUGGUUUCUUGUUAAUGUAUGUUUGAGGGAUUUGAACGUCAGUGUCAUUUACCCACAAAGUUAUUCAAGUUGUAAAAGGUUAUACAAUAAUUUAACAACUACCUUUUUUAUUCUGUCAGGUUACUGACCUCACUUUAUGUAAAUACUUCGCAUGACAAAUUCAGUAACUCGUCUGUUUCAGCAUGCGUAAGACUUUUCAUUAGGGAAACUGAUAAAGCUUGAGUCAACUAAAUCUGCCUUCAUACUUUAUCAAGGGGAACCAAGCCUGCUGUGCUUACAUCAGCAUCUGGAAGAUUCUCCUCUCCUCUAAUCUGUGUACACAUCUCCAAGCAAGGAAGAAAAAACAAACUCCACUCAGACGCCGGUGAAACACCUGAAUGAACUUUGAUGAAGUACAGUCUGAGUUACCAUCGUGCACAAGUAGAACUGCUCUUGGACUUGUUUUCUUGUUGUUUGUGGAACCUACAUGUUUGAAUGACUUGAACGUUGCAUCUUUUGAAGUUAUUUUUUAAGGUUUCUUGGCAUUUAUCCUAGUUGUCUGUGUUUGGCAAUGUGCUGUUAAAGUAAUAGACUUUUAAUCUUUAUGUAUUUUUUGUUUUCUCUGGAGUACUUGGACAGAUGUUAUAGUGGUUUCUUUUAGGAAAAUCUGUCAUUAAAAAAAUUACAGCCUUGCAAAUAACCACUCACCGUAUUUGAGUCACAGUUUAUUCUAGUGAGACGUAAAGAGUGCUGACUUCAUUUACUUUUCUACCUAUAUACCUACUGGAAAAGGGGAAGACUGAUGUUUUCAAAUAAACAAACAGAAACCUAACAGAA